AUGUCUGGGAGAAACACCACCAGACCCGAGGAAAGUGAUGAAUUCCAGGAAAAGGAAUCCUCUGUUGAGGACAAGCCCUGCACCAUCUGUCCUCACCAAGAUAUGGUAGCAAGAAAGGUAAUGGUGCUCUUACAGUACUUGCUUCACAAGUACAAUCUGAAGCAGCUUACUACCAAGGAAAACAUGCUGAAGCUUAUCACCAAGAAGUAUGAAGACAGCCAGUAUGAAGACGACUUCCCUGAGAUCUUCAGGAAAGCCUCUCAGAAGCUCGAAGAUGCCUUUGCAAUGGAAGUGAGGGAAGUCAACUCCAGUGAGCCCUCAUACAAUCUCAUCAGCAAGCUGAAGCUCCUCAACAAUGGGAGGAUUCGUGCUGGCAAAGGCUUACCCAAGACUGCUUUUGUGAUGUGUGUCCUAGGUAUCAUCCUUGUUAGGGGCAAUUGUGCCAGUGAAGAAGAGAUCUGGCAAAUCCUGAAGACGAAGCGAAUCUAUCCAGGAAAGAAGCACUGCAUCUUUGGUGAGCCCCGGAAGCUCAUGACCCAUUAUUUGGUGAAGCUGAAGUACCUGGAGUACAGGCAGGUGGCUGGCAGUGAUCCUCCACGCUAUGAGUUCCUGUGGGGUCCCAAAGCCUAUGCUGAAACAAGCAAGAUAAAAGUCCUGGAAUAUUUGGCCAAGACAAACCAAACAACACCUAGUGCCAUCUCUGCCCUUUAUGAAGAGGCUUUGAAAGAUGACCAAGGACAAACAGAAGCCAGAGAUGAAGAUGACUCUGAUGCCACUGACGAAACUAGUGAAGAUUCUUCAGUAAAAUUACCAGCGAAUUCCACUGUCCCUGUUGACCCCUAA